CACAAUGGACCCUGGCAAGUUCUAAAACUGAGUUUUAAAACUGGCAGCUCGUCAAGCCACCAGAAUCCCUCCCUGUACUAACUUCCUCAUAGCUGUUCUUAUUUUCUGUUGUAGGAUUUUUUUUUUUUUUUAAUUCUUUCCAGGGAAGAGAAAUCAGGACAACCUCUUAACCUCUUCCCUGGAAAGGAGGUAUCGCAGGCAGUGUUAGAAGAUCUGCUUUGAUCCGAACAAGGUGUUGGCUGGUUUGGGUUAAUCCCAGCCUGGCUCAAGCAACCGAUCACGAAAUGUUUUUUCGGUCCGUGUGCUAUCUCGUGGCUGUGUGGCUGAUUCCUGCCUCAGAUGAGAGCUGUUCAGAACUUCCUCCAGUGGGAAAUAGCAUAUUCGUUGCAGAGGAGUCAGAAGGACAAAUUCAGGGUAUUUAUGUCUGUAUCAAGGGCUACCACCUGGUCGGAAAGAAAACCUUUUUUUGCAAUGCCUCUCUGGAGUGGAACGCCCCCGUUCCCACAUGUCAAUUGGGCCACUGUCCUGUCCCUGUGCUGGUGAAUGGUACCUCCAGUUUCCUGGGUCCUGUGAAUGUGGGUGACAAAAUCACUUUUGAGUGCAAUGAGCACUACAUCCUCAAGGGCAGCAGUUGGAGUCAGUGCCUGGACAACCACACCUGGAUGCCUCCCUUGCCUACCUGUAAAAGCAGAAACUGUGGCCCUCCUGAGAAUCCAGCUCAUGGCUAUUUUGAAGGGAGAGAUUUCAGCUCAGGAUCUACCAUUACUUAUCACUGUGAAGAGGGAUACCACUUAGUGGGCACACAGGACCAACAGUGCAUUGAUGGGGAGUGGAACAGUACACUUCCAGUCUGUAAAUUGAUCCAAGAAACUCCCAAACCGACUCCACAGACCGAGUGUGAGAAGACAAUUUUUGCCUUUCAGAAGGACAUAGAAUAUUGCAAAGCCAUAAAAGACUUUAUGCAAAGACUAAAGGGAAAUGGCUUAACAAUGGAGGAGCUAAAACAUUCUCUGGAAAUAAAGAAAGCUGUGUUGGUGGCCAAAAUGUCCUGACAUUGUAGCUGAGCAGACUGGAGGGCAGAAGAAGCAAGAAUCCUGAGGUAGUGUAGGUUUUCCUAUCAGGAUGCCAUAUUGAGAUGAUACGACAAGCUUCUCCCAUCUCUCACUCUGACCUCUACCAAACCACAUAGGAAAUUUGGAUGAAAUACAAACAAAAUACAGAAGAGAACUUGAAAUAAUGGAAUCUCCCUAGAUGAAGUUAUGAAGAAGAAUAAGAAACAGGAAUAAGAAAUUCGCAAGUAGGGACAC